AUGGCUGAGAUACAUGGCUUAUGCAAGCCCGAAUUCGACCAUGUUCGUCGCAUUUUCCAAGAACGCAUCGCCCAAGGCGAAGAGCUCGGAGCCUCUCUCUGUGUAGACAUCAAGGGAGAGACCGUGAUUGACCUCUGGGGCGGCCACGCUGAUCCAGCAAAGACUCGACCGUGGGAGGAAGACACCCUCACAGUGGUCUGGUCCUGCUCCAAGGUCGUCUGCGCACUAGCUGCGGCUAUUCUCAUCGAUCGCGGCGUUCUGGAUCCUGAUGAGAAAGUAUCGAAAUACUGGCCUGAGUUCGCUGCCAAUGGCAAGGAGAACAUUACAGUGGGCCAUGUCCUCAGUCAUACAUCUGGUCUUCCCUCAUGGGAGCCGCCCAUUACAUUUCAGGAGAUCUGUGAUACACCAAAAUCAACUGAAAAACUGGCGCAGCAGGCACCCUGGUGGACUCCUGGUCAAUCCUCCGGGUAUCAGCUGGUCACUCAUGGACAUCUGAUAGGCGAGCUGGUGCGACGCACGACUGGAAAAUCAUUGAAGCAAUUCAUCACCGAAGAAAUUGCUGAACCGCUAGGAGCGGAUUUCCGUCUCGGAUUAGAGCAAAAGGACUGGUCGCGUACGGCAGAUAUAACUCCUCCUCCGCCUAUGGCAUUGGACCGGCUUAGCCCAGAAAGCGUCGCCCGCAGAGCUUUCAUUGGGGCCGUGAUAGAAGCGGAGGAGUCCAUGUCGCUCGAGUUUAGAAAUGCGGAGAUCGGUGCUUCGAACGGUUUCGGAAAUGCGCGCUCUCUGUGCCGUAUUGGGUCAGUGAUAUCAUUGGGAGGUACUCGAGAUGGUAAGACGUAUCUCUCGCAGGAAACUAUCGAGCAGAUGAUCCAGGAGCGGAUCAAUGGCCAGGAUCUCGUACUUGGGAAAUCUCUGCGAUUCGGCCUAGGGGUCGGUCUACCAGCGCCAGAGACGAUAUCUGGGAUACCGCAAGGUCGUGUUUGCUUCUGGGGAGGCUGGGGAGGCUCAACGAUAAUUAUGGAUCUGGAUCGCCAGAUGACUAUCGGCUAUGCAAUGAACAAGAUGGCAUCUGGAACUCUGGGCAAUGCUAACACAGGGGCCUAUGUUGAAGAGAUCUAUAGGGCCCUUGAUAGGUAG